AUGCAGUCAACUAUGUCUGAACUCAUGGAGAAUUCUCAUGAGCAUGAUGAAGAUCUUGAGCAAGGUAAUGAGCAAGUUCUACAGGAAGAAGAUAAUGACGAAGAUUGGGAUGCCACAGGUGGAGAUAAGAAGUGGCCUGGGUGGCCUGGUGAUAGUGUUUUUCGGAUAUUAGUUCCCUCUCAGAAAGUUGGUGGUUUGAUUGGCCGCAAAGGAGAGUUUAUCAAGAAAACGUGUGAAGAAUCUAGAUCUAGAAUUAAGAUUCUUGAUGGUCCUCCUGGUGCACCAGAAAGAACUGUAAGUCAUUUGUUUGACUGCUUCACGAAGCCUAAUCGUUGUUGUAAACCCUGAAUAAUGACAUGGUUGCCAUUCAAUUGCGUUGGGAGCUGGGAAGCAAGUUUGAUGAUGGAAAUGGUCUAUUUAUUUCACUGUCUCAUUUAGGGUAUCAUUUGCCCCACAGCUGCUUUUUCCCUCAGUGUCCUGAUAUCUUUGUGUUGUUCUUUGUGGUUUCAUUAUUCUCAUGUAAUACUCAGGAAGCCUAAGUGACCUGGGUCCUUCAGUGCUGAUGGUUUACUGAACUGGAUCCAGCCUGACCCUGAGCGGACUUUGUAUUGGAUGCAGCUUUGUCCUGUCUGUUUAAUAAAUUAUCUGGAAACUUUAGGCUAUUACUUGAUCCCACGGAGGGUACCCAUGUUAUUUUAACCUUCAAAGGGUAAGGAACAACGUAUCAGCAGGCAUCUGAUUCCCAGAAUGUUGAAGGGUUUUGAUUCUCCCAUACUGGUCACAACUUUGUAGAAAUGGCAACUCUGCUAGAUAACUCGAGUCACAUAUUUCUCAGCCAGGAGGAAGGCUUGUGAAAUUGAAAUUUUAACGCAAGCUGCUGUGUUCUAAAAUUAAUUCGACAAUUUACUUUUUUUUUCCAGUGGUUUUAUUCAAUCAAGUUCAUUUCUAAUUAUGAUUAAAAGAAUUGCCUAUCUUUACCGUUUGAGUUAUUUCUGUUUGGAUUUAAUAGGGUCAGAAUUCUAAGCAGAGAAGCAGACUUCUUAUUAGGAAAGUGGAAAAUAAACAUAGAAUAGGCUGUAGUGAAGGCAGACGGUUUGUCAGGCUAUUAACUAGGUUUACUUCUUAUUCGAUUGUGUCUCGGACAAAAUGCUAUAUCGCUUAGUAGUCUUUGGGCCUCUAUCUGACGUCAUCAACUGAGAUGACAGUUAUUGGUGCAUCUUUCGACUGCGCAAAAUGCCUAGGCUGAUGCACAGGUUGCAAUUUGCUUGAUUCCUAUCCAUUUUAAACAUCAUACACUUCACCUUGUAAACUCAGUGUUAAAUGUUGGGUUGCGUAAAGCUGUGGACCAUUAAAAUUUCAUGCAUUAGUUUCUCCUAGAUAAGGUAUCCCAAAAGACGUUAAUGAGAAACAAUAACUCAGUGGUGGCUUUAGCAAUGAAUAAGGAGAAAUGCAAACUUAAUCAAGCUGCAUAAUCCCAUCUGUGGUACUUCAAUCCCAGUAACUAGAGUGAAUCUGUGCAGGUUUCUCUGCAGACCUAAGGCAACAGGUCAAUUGUGAAUCUCCAAUAUAGAAGAAACAGGCUACCAGAUUGCAGGUUUCAAUGUUUAAGCUGUACAUCUCCUGAGGAUUUUGUCGAAAAGGGCAUUUUUGGGUUAUCUUCAUCGAAUGACUAUUGUAUGAAGCUUCACUUUUUUAUCAUGGUAACUUCAGAACUCGGUUGGCUGAUUUCUUCAUGGUUGGGCAAGCUGCUUCAAGAAGCUUCCUAUUGUAAUUGGAAACGAAUAUGGUGCUCAAGUUCACUCAAGAGCAUUGCUGUCCAACUUGAAAUUCAUAUUUAAAUGUGUUUUAAAAGUGACUUUUAUCAAUGACAAAUAAAAACGUUACCCUCGUUCUAUGAACAUCUUUUAGGACUAGGUCUAUGAUUGUCUUUAGUCAUAGCUGGUGAUGAUUGAAGAAAUUAUACAGAAAAUGACAAACAGAUAUCUAAGGUGAACUGCCGCUGUAUAUGUAUCCAUAUGGAUUUAGCAUUUUCAUGGAAAUCAAUGCGUUGUGCUUAAGGACUGGUUAAAUUUAACCGCCCUGCUUUAUUUGCAAUUCAGCAUAUGAAUAAAUUCCCUUGAGUGUCAUAGCUAGAGGUCAUAGAUAUGGAGAAAUUCAAACGAAGACAGCUUUUAAUAAAAUAUAGUGGGGAAAUGUGAUGUUUUGCUUUUUUUAGAUGAAUCUUGAGCUAGGGGAAAAAAAUGGAUGGCAUUUGGUACUCUCCACCUUACUUUGCUUCUGAUUUGGUGUUUUGCCUGACUGAUCCAAGUGGAUGUCUGCAUAAAUUACAAGUUUGCGAUGUAAGAUUCUCUCAUAGUUUCUACUUUUCUUGGGUUUUAAUGUCACUCAUCGUUUUAUAUUAGAGCUUUGAUGCUUUCUAUGUGCCUGCAUCUAAUUUCCAACCUUGGUUACGAUGAUCUAUAGAAACUUAUAAAAUUCCGUUUCCCAGCUGUUGCACCAUAGUUUUGUCGAACCAUGAUCAAUACCCUGGCAGAAUUGGCCAGUAAUAUUUUAUGUCACUGUGGCAGUGCGUAUCAAAGACAUUGAAAUCAUUUUAAAAUCAUGGUAUGCGGUUGAAUUGAACUGGUGCUGCUUAUAAUUCCAAUCCAGAUUGAUGUCUGGAACAUGCAAAGUUUCCCCCAUGCAAAAAGACCCAUCAAUAAUGCUGCAAUUGGGAUACCAUGAUUUUCAAAUGAGUCUUUUUAAUCCAUAGGAUUUUACCGAAAUGGGUCUUUUUAACCCAUAGGCUACGGUUGUUGUGGAACUCCUAAAAUGAUCCAAUCCGCAGUAGUGUUUGAUGUUGGAUCUAUGAUAGGGGGUGGUCACAAGGAUUGUGUUACCCCUUGACCCGGUGCAUUUUUAGUCAUCUGUACGAUACAUCUUUGGAUUUAUAUUCAUGCAUUAAUUGUGCCCAGUAGGUUUAUAUUAAACUUCAGACCAUUACAGAUGACCAUUUCCGUCUUAGAUCUGAUAAAAUACCUAAUAAAUAAGAAGAGAAAGUUCCUAACAUAUGAUUUCGGAUCUCAGGCUUUCCUUUGCUGAUUUGGUUGCUUUGAUUUGAACUUUUGGUCGUCACACAUUUUGUUUGGCCGAAUCUUUGAUUCCAGUGUGCUAAAUGGUUAAUGUAGACAACAGAAAUGCCGUAGCAUCCAUGUGUUAUUUUCUAGCUUGUUUGGUUUGAGUUGCCUAUCUAUUUUAUUGUGCUAAAGUUGGUGUCAGUUUAUGUCUGUAGCAGUGUUCAUCAAUCUAUAAUUCCCGAUUGAUUAUGAUUCUUCAAAUUUUAAGCGGUGUAAUUGUUCUUUAGGAGGGGAUAUGAUAUCGUGUGUACUUGUAUCUAAAAAAUUAAAGCGUUGUCUUUCUUCCACGUUCCUUUGUGGUUCCAAUUGGUGAUUAUUUUCUUGACAUUUCAAUUUGUUCUAAUAGGUAAUGAUUUCUGCAAAAGAGGAGCCACAUGCUUCUCUGCCUCCUGCAAUGGAUGGUCUUCUGAGGGUUCAUAAACGCAUUAUUGAUGGUUUGGAUGGGGGGGAAUCAGCUCAGACUUCCGGUACUGGUGGCCAUGUUUCCACCCGACUUCUAGUAUCAUCUAGCCAAGCGGGUAGUCUCAUUGGAAAGCAUGGAGCAGUGAUAAGAUCCAUUCAAGAAGCUUCAAAGAGUGUUGUUCGGAUUGUCGGUAUGGGUAGUCACAUCUCUAGUUCAAUGCACGACAUUAGUGGUCAUUUCGCAUAUGUUCGUUACAAUUCACACCAGUCAUUUUUGCCUCCGGCUGCUGACUCCGUGUGGCACGAAUGUUUUACGGCAUGCAUGAAUUGGAAGCUCUGAAUCUGAUAAAAAUUCGUUGUUUUCUCUUCCUGAGAGACCUUGUGGCCUUAAAUGGGGAUUCUAUGGCAGUGACUGGGAAUAAUAUUUUAUUUAUAUCCAUUUUGAUCGAAUUCAUGUGUAACUAGGCAUGAAAUCUGUCUGGGGUCCUGCUAGUCUGAGCCAGUUCAGGAUAUCGACCUGAAAUCCAACAAAGUUCAAGAACUUUUGCUAUUUUUAAUUGUUAUUCAGGAAACAAAGGGCAUCACCUUCAGAAUAAAUGUUAUUUUUAAGUCAAUUAUUCGCACAUUCAAGAACUUUUGCUCUAUAUGGAGACUGAUCAUUACACCAUCUCGCGCUUACUAUUUCAAUCAGCAUUUUCUCAUGUAUACUUAUCCAUUUUGCGUUUCAUCUUAUAUUGUAGAAGAUUUACCCGUCUUUGCUCUUCAAGAUGAUAGAGUGGUUGAGAUAGUGGGGGAGCCGCCUGCUGUUCACAAGGCCCUUGAACUAAUUGCAGGCCAUUUGAGGAAAUUUCUAGUUGACCACAGUGUCCUCCCUCUUUUUGAGACACGGGUAUGUAGCCUACCUUCUCCAUCUUCCAAUAACGACGAUUAGUCACUUUCUCUUCUCUUUGCCAGCUAUUGGUCGUGUAUAAAUCACCAGCUCCAUUGUGCAUCUGCAGGCGCCGCUGCCUAGUGCUCAUAUGGAGCAGGAUUUGCUGGGGUCCAAAUCUUGGGGCCGCACUCGAGGCCUAUCCCCCCAUGUCAGUGGUCCUGGCUAUGGGGGCAACCCUCCUCCCUUCACACCUGGUAUACAAGGCAGCUUCCUCCCAUUGUCAGAUCUUCAUACCCUGGAUGAGCAUCCCCCUCACCACGGUGUGUCAGCAUAUGGCCGUGAAAUGCUGUCCGUCUCAGGGCUUCACACAUCAGCUAAUAUUCAAUCACAGCAACCAAUGAUGUCGCAGGUAUCCUGUCCUAUGUGUCCACCAAUGGAAAUGAACUAUAUGAUGAGAAUAUCAUGUAACUUCUCCCUAUUUUGAUUGUGAGGAGCAUCUACUACAGGUCACAGAGCAUAUGCAGAUUCCACUUUCAUAUGCCGAUGCAGUGAUCGGAAUAUCUGGUUCGAGCAUUAGCUACAUCCGACGUGCCAGUGGAGCGACGAUCACGAUACAGGAAACAACGGGUGUGCCUGGAGAGAUGACAGUUGAAAUCAAUGGGAGUGCAAGUCAAGUCCAGACUGCCCAGCAGUUGAUCCAGGCAUGCUAUCACUCUCUUUUUUAUUUCCUUUGAUGGGAGAUGACCAAUUGGGUUAGUGUAUGAAGUAUGGAUUUUCUUAUGAUUACUAGGUUGAUUAAAUGCUUUUAUUGCAAGAUUGUUUUGCUGCUCUGUUGGGGUUUCAGAAUUAUUUAUAAUUUUUCACUGCAAUUAUCCCACUGUCCCCUUGAUUUACUCUCUUACAUAAAUUGCAGAAUUUCAUGGCUGAAGCUAUGGGAUCCGCCCAUAACGCAGCUUCCAAUCAAGAUCAGAGUUACAAUUCGUACCACUCACAGGGAUCUACGUAUGGGUCUCCUCCCCCUUCAAAUACUGGGCAUGGUGGUGGCUUCGGUUCUGUUUAUGGGGAUCAUUAUGAGUAUUGA